AUGCAGAUUCCCGAUGAGCAUGUCCUAUUCUCUUUGGAUGUCAAGUCCCUGUACACGAAUGUUCCAGUACAAUAUGCGUUGGAGUGUAUAGGGGAAAGGUGGAGUGAGGUGGAAAAGCACACGAAGAUCGACAGACGAAGUUUCUUGGCAGCGGUUAAGUUGGUAUUGGAUUCAACGUACUUCACCUAUCGUGGAAUCUACCACAUGCAAAAAUUCGGAGUACCAAUGGGAUCGCCUCUAUCGCCGGUGAUAGCCAACCUUGUGAUGGAACGCCUGGAACAGGAGUGUAUGUACAAGGCAGAGCAGAAACAAAUAGGUAUGCUGGUGUAUAGGCGGCUUCAGUUUACCGUGGAAAGGGAGGAAAGUGGUCGGCUUAAAUUCCUGGACAUGAUGUUAACUAGAAGAAACGGAAUUGUGGAGAAGAGCUGGUUACCCAAACAGGAGAAAGGACGGUAUUUGGACUUCAACUCUGAAAGCCCAUUUACGCAUAAGCGCAACACGGCAGUGGCCCUUGUGGACAGAGCAAUCAAGUUGACUGAUGCUGAAAAUCGUCCACAGGCGAUAAAAAAGGUCAAAAAUAAACUUAAAUGCAACAACUAUCCUGAGUGGUUAGUCCAAAACGUUCUGGCACAAAGGGUACACAAACACUACAACGGACUGCAAAAUAAUGGUGAAAAAGAGGAGACCAAAUAUGUUACGACGCCGUAUGUUCCAUGCUUGAGUGAGAAACUGCAAAAAACGCUCAAAAAGAACGGGUUGACACUAACCGUCAAACCCAAAACCCAAAAAAAGACGUUAUUUUCAGCAAACUCAAAGAUACCAUUCCACCAGGGCAACAAAAAAAUGUUGUAUAUUCUAUCCCCUGUGGAACUGGAGAUGGAAGAAUACAACCGAACGGGCCUGACACAACACACGCUAGGUGACGGACAUGUGUUUGAUUUCGAAAAAGUGACGAUCCUAGAACGUAUUGUUGACCAGGAAAGCAGAAUCACAGCAGAGACAUUCCACAUCAAGUUGGUUGGCGAACGCAACGCGGUGAACCUCCAGCGUGAGUGCGGAACGUUCAACACCAACUACAGUGCGCUUGUGGUAAAGCUACGGCAAGGUACAAACAGCGGACGGUGGAAACAAAUGCGAGGAAACAAAUGCGACGAUCAACACAGCAUCACAGCACACCCGCCAGACAGUGAUACCUGA